CUGUGAAGUACGAUUAAGUGAUUUCCCGCAUAAUCUAAAUCGAUCGGUGGUGCCGUUUGUUCGACGUCCGACGGUUAUGUAACGAUAAAGACCUUUGAGUGCAAGAGACAAUCAGAAGUGUAGUAGUAUUAUAUGUAUGAUGAUAAAUAUAUAAACACUAAUAAAUUUUAGGAAAUACAAAUAUAUAAUUAUUGAUAAAAAGGAACUACGUAAUAGCACAACGUUAAGCGUCACGGAAUAGGCCUGCAAAGUUUUAUUUCGGCUCAGUUGCAAUUUGAAGCGCGAUUGAAGUGAAGCUUAUUAUCGUGGAGUGAUAUAAUCUACGGGACGUUCGAUCUAUCGGAUAACUCGAUUACGGGUCAGCAGUAGAUUUCGUCAGUAGAUUUCUCAUCAGCGCAGCGAUUCCGCUUCGCGUGUGGGAGAAAGCGAACGAAAGAUGAAGGCCUGGCAGGAAGCUUCGAGUUUGAUAUUAGCAGCACGCCAUGGGCAAGCGUACAGUCGCGCGGCGUCAUCGCCUGCAGUCCAAAAUUACAAACUGCUAUGCCUCAAACGUCAUCAAAAGUCAAGCUUCAUGCCCGGGCUCUACGUCUUCCCGGGCGGCGCGAUAGAUCCAGCUGACGCUAAUCUGAAAUGGCUCGAGUACUUCACCGGCUUUGGCCUGGGGGAUAACAGACUCGCAUCUCUGAUACCGAGGACCAUCUCGCGACCGCAGAUCUUUCAUUCGAGGGAGAACGAGCUGCUCAGAGAGAUCUCGCUGCGCAUCACAGCGAUUCGCGAGACCUUCGAAGAAUGCGGGAUACUGAUAUGCAGACGUGACAAAGACGGCGGUGCUAAUUCCGGUUGGGCCGAGUACAUAUCAGUUCCUAAGGACGAGCUGCGUAUAUGGCGGAACAAGGUCCACAACAAUGCAACGGAGUUCCUCAAUCUCUGCCAGAAAUUUGAGUGCUACCCGGACCUGUGGGCACUGCACGAAUGGAGGAAUUGGCUGACACCUACGAUCAGGUACGAUAAACGCUUCAAUACCGCCUUCUACUUGGCCUGCCUGCCGGACAUACCUCACGCCGAAUACGAGGCUCAGGAAAUGGAGGAUUUGAAAUGGGACACUCCGGAGAAGCUUGCCUCGACAGACAUUAUGUUUCCGCCACCGCAACAGUGCGAAAUCGCUAAGUUGAUUCAAGUGAGAAGCGUAGAUGAUCUCCUGGAUAUCGCUGUGGAACGCAACAAAAAAGGCGCGGAGUUAUAUUUACCGAUAAGUGUAUAUCUGAAGGAUGGCGUCAUACACGUCUUGCCCGGUGACACAAUGUACCCAAAGAAAGUUGAAUUAGUUGAGAAACAAAUAAUCGACAAGACGGACAUUACCAUUAAGGAAUUUCAGAAGAUAAGUCCUGUAAAAAAUAGAGUGGAAUUUCUCGAUAUGCAGGCAAUUUACAUCGAUAAUGUGAGCGGCAAAGAAAGUUGUGUGUCAUUCUCAAUGCCUAGAUAUUCAAAGAAAGUGAACGAUAACAAAGAACCUAAAAAUAAGCUAUAGCAUAUUUAAUGGAAACGUUUGGUUUCCGUUCGAGAUAAGUCACUUUAAUAAGAUAAAUAUGGAAUAAUGCAGAAUUUGAUAAGGGUAUUCUUGAAAAGGCUUUUCUUGAAAGAUAUUGUAUUAUCUUUGUUAUAUUUUUAUAAUGUGAUAUGCUUAUGUAUUUACGUAAUAAAUUGUUAACAAUAUAAA